CCUGCGAGUCUCCAGAGAACAACGGGCUCAUUCAGCGGUGGAGGGCUGUUCGUGAAGGGGAGCGGCUAGGCUGAGAACUCGACUUGUCCUCUUCCCGGGGGUGGGGCCGGACGCAGUGGCGAGAGGAGACGAAGGCAGCCGCAGUAGCUGCAGCCUCGAACCCGGCCCUGAGCGCAAGCCGGCCGCCGCACCUCGCAGCUCCCUGCUCCCUUCCCGGUGCGCCGGCCCUCCCAUGGCGGCCGCGGGGCAGCUGUGGCUGCUCUACCUGUCCGCGUGGCUCCUAGCCCGGCUCGGCGCCGCCUUCAACUUGGACACCCGCGAGGACAAUGUGAUCCGGAAAACUGGGGACCCCGGGAGCCUCUUCGGCUUCUCGCUGGCCAUGCACUGGCAGCUGCAGCCCGAGGAGAAGCGGCUGCUGCUCGUGGGCGCCCCUCGGGCGGUGGCCCUCCCUCUGCAGAGGGCCAACAGAACUGGAGGCCUGUACAGCUGCGACAUCACCUCUCCCGGCCCCUGCACACGGAUUGAGUUCGAUAACAACGCCGACCCUUCGUCGGAAAGCAAGGAAGAUCAGUGGAUGGGGGUCACCGUCCAGAGCCAGGGACCAGGGGGCAAAGUCGUGACAUGUGCUCAUCGAUAUGAAAAAAGACAGCAUGUGAACACAAAGCAAGAAUCCCGGGACAUCUUUGGAAGGUGUUACGUCCUGAGUCAGAACCUCAGGAUUGAGGACGAGAUGGAUGGCGGAGACUGGAGUUUUUGCGAUGGCCGCCUGAGGGGCCACGAAAAGUUUGGCUCUUGCCAGCAAGGGGUGGCAGCUACUUUCACUAAAGACUUUCAUUACAUUGUUUUUGGAGCCCCGGGCACUUACAACUGGAAAGGGAUCGUUCGUGUAGAGCAAAAGAAUAACACUUUUUUUGACAUGAACAUCUUUGAAGAUGGGCCUUAUGAAGUUGGUGGAGAGACUGACCAUGAUGAGAGUCUGGUUCCUGUUCCUGCUAACAGUUACUUAGGCUUCUCUUUGGACUCAGGGAAAGGGAUUAUUUCUAAAGAUGACAUCACUUUUGUAUCUGGUGCUCCGAGAGCCAAUCACAGUGGAGCUGUGGUUUUGCUAAGAAGAGAAAUGAAGUCUGCACAUCUUUACCCCGAGCACAUAUUUGAGGGGGAAGGUCUGGCUUCUUCGUUUGGCUACGAUGUGGCAGUGGUGGACCUGAACAAAGAUGGGUGGCAAGACAUAGUUAUUGGAGCCCCGCAGUAUUUUGAUAGAGACGGAGAAGUCGGAGGCGCGGUGUAUGUCUACAUCAACCAGCAGGGCAGAUGGAAGAACGUCAGGCCGGUUCGUCUUAAUGGAACCAAAGAUUCUAUGUUCGGCAUUGCCGUCAAAAAUAUUGGUGAUGUUAAUCAAGAUGGCUACCCAGAUAUUGCAGUUGGAGCUCCCUAUGAUGGUAACGGAAAGGUUUUUAUCUAUCAUGGAUCUGUGAAUGGAAUAAACACCAAACCCACACAGGUUCUCGAGGGCAACUCACGUUUCUUUGGAUAUUCCAUUGCUGGAAAUAUGGACCUCGAUAGAAAUUCCUACCCUGAUGUUGCUGUUGGCUCCCUCUCCGAUUCAGUAGCGAUUUUCAGGUCCCGGCCUGUGGUUAACAUCCAGAAAACCGUCACAGUAACACCCAGCAGGAUCGAUCUCCGCCAGAAAACCGUCUGCGGGGCGCCCAGCGGGAUCUGCCUCAAGGUUAAGGCCUGCUUUGAAUACACUGCCAAACCCACUGGUUACAAUCCUUCGAUAUCCAUUGUGGGCACACUUGAGGCUGAAAAGGAAAGAAGAAAAUCUGGGCUGUCAUCAAGAGUUCAGUUUCGAAACCAAGGUGCUGAGCCCAAGUAUACGAAGGAGAUAACCCUGAACAGGCAGAAGCAGAAGGCGUGCAUGGAGGAAACCCUCUGGCUGCAGGAAAAUAUCAGAGAUAAACUGCGUCCCAUCCCCAUAACUGCCUCAGUUGAGAUCCAAGAGCCAAGCACUCGGAGGCGAGUGAACUCACUUCCAGAGGUUCUUCCCAUUCUUAACUCAAAUGAACCCAAGACUGUUCAAACAGACGUGCACUUCCUGAAGGAGGGGUGUGGACACGACAACGUGUGUAACAGCAACCUGAAGCUAGAGUAUAAGUUUUGUACCCGAGAAGGAAGCCAAGACAAGUUUUCCUACUUACCAAUCCAAAAAGGUAUUCCAGAACUAGUUCUAAAAGAUCAGAAGGACAUUGCUUUAGAGAUAACAGUGACAAACAGCCCUUCCGACCCAAGGAAUCCCACAAAAGACGGUGACGACGCUCACGAAGCGAAACUCAUCGCAACUUUCCCGGACACUCUGACUUACUCUGCGUACAGGGAGCUGAAGGCUUUCCCCGAGAAGCAGCUGAGUUGUGUUGCCAACCAGAAUGGCUCACAAGCAGACUGUGAGCUUGGAAAUCCUUUCAAAAGAAAUUCCAGUGUUACUUUUUAUUUGAUUUUGAGUACAACUGAGCUCACCUUUGACACCACAGAUCUGGAUAUUAAUCUGAAGUUGGAAACAACAAGCAAUCAAGAUAAUUUGGCUUCAAUUACAGCUUCAGCAAAAGUGGUUAUUGAACUGCUUUUAUCGGUCUCGGGAGUUGCCAAACCUUCCCAGGUGUACUUUGGAGGCACAGUUCUUGGUGAGCAAGCUAUGACAUCUGAGGAUGAAGUGGGAAGUUUAAUAGAGUAUGAGUUCAGGGUUAUUAACCUGGGCAAGCCUCUUAAAAACCUCGGCACAGCGACCUUGAAUAUCCAGUGGCCAAGAGAAAUUAGCAACGGCAAAUGGUUGCUUUAUUUGGUGAAAGUAGAAUCCAAAGGAUUGGAAAAGAUAGCGUGUGAGCCACAAAGUGAAAUAAACUUUCUGAAACUAAAGGAGUCGCAUAUGUUGAGAAAGAAACGGGAAAUUGCUGAAAAACAGAUUGACGAAGGCAGAAAAUUGCUUUUAUUUGGUGAAAGAAAAUACCAGACCCUUAACUGCAGCGUCAACGUGAAGUGCGUGAACAUCCGGUGCCCGCUGCGAGGCCUGGACAGCAAGGCCUCCGUGGUUCUGCGCUCGAGGUUAUGGAAUGGCACGUUUCUAGAGGAGUACUCUAAAAUGAACUACUUGGACAUUCUCGUGCGGGCCUCCAUUGACGUGACUGCUGCCACCGAGAACAUCAAGCUGCCCAACGCCGGCACUCAGGUCCGUGUGACUGUGUUUCCCUCGAAGACUAUAGCUCAGCACUCAGGAGUGCCCUGGUGGGUCAUUCUAGUGGCCAUUCUCGCUGGAAUUUUGAUGCUUGCUCUGUUAGUUCUUUUAUUAUGGAAGUGUGGAUUCUUCAAACGCUCUAGGUACGACGACAGUAUUCCCCGUUACCAAGCUGUAAAGAUCCCGAAAGAAGAGCGAGAGAUCAAAGAUGAAAAAUAUAAUGAUAACCUGGAGAAAAAACAGUGGAUCACAAGAUGGAGUGACAGUGAAAGCUACUCUUAGGGGGCCCAGAGGAGCCUUCACCCAAACUGCUUCUUUUUUCGCCCAGCUCAGAAAUUCAAAUGGUUUAAAAGCCUGAUACCCAAAUAUUGAUUUCAGACAGGCUACACAUAGUACGAACCUACAGUUUUAACUGCUGUGGACAUUAUUAUGUAGCCUAAGGCUUCUCUUUUGCACAGCCAAAUGUAAGACUGUUGGAACGGAUUUUUCUUUAACUGCCUUAAUUUAACUUUCUGGAUUGCCUUUGUUUUUCGUGUGGCUGACUCAGCGUGUGCCAGGGAAGGGCCUGCCCAGUCUCGCUCGUCAGACAUCCUCCUGAUAGUGUAGCUGGAAGACGCCACCCCAGUCACCAUGCCAAUGGAGUGACUGUCGACACUGCCUCCACAAGCAUCUCCCCACAGGAUUUGGAGAACCUGCUAGUUAACUGUGUGCCCCAUUGCAAGACAGUGCCGUGAGGGUACUGUGUUUCAAUUCAAAGUGCGAUCUUAAAUUAAAUGUGCAAUAGGAGGUGAUGUUGCCAUCCUGCCAUCUUUUCCCAUUUCCUAGGAGUGUGGAUACUUGUCCACACCGAAUGCACGCGGGCUCCAUUCUCCCUUGUCACUAAAACACACAGGUGCAACAGACUUGAAUGCUAGUUAUACUUGUUUGUAUAUGGUAUUUAUUUUUUAUUUUUUACAAACCAUUUCGUUAUUGACUAACAGGCCAAAGAUUCUCCAGUUAUCAUUCAGGUUGGAUUAAGCAAUCAGAAUUAGAACAUGGGAGGUCAGUGGUUUGACCUAAAGUAUUUACUGCAAAAAGAAAGUAAUUCUUUAUAAAUGUACCAGAGAGUUGUUAUAAUAUACAGAUAAGUUUAAGUUAUUAAAAAAAUUUCUCUUCAUGACAACGCUUACCCUUACCCUGUCCCUCCAAACCCCAAAGGUUUGUUUAAGAAAUAGGCUUAACUGUUAGGUGUUUAAUUCUUAACAGACAUUGGAUGCUUUUGAGUUUAGAGCCCUGUGUGAUCUUUCUGAAUUUUAUGCUAUAACUUUCAGGAACUCUUGGAAAUAAUGGGUUUGUUUUUUUACCUUCUGUCACUGCUGUAUAUACAGGACUUGAAAGAAAUGGUGAGUGCCUAUGGUGGAUCCAAACCGAUCCAGUGGAAGACUACUGAAUACCUGAUACCGAAAGUCAGAUUAGAACAUCGUGGAUUUUAAGUUUUAAAUAUUAUUGGAAUUGCUUAAUGUGGGUCAGUGUUUUUUUUUCCCCCUGUGUUUCCUCCCUAUCUACAUUCCCAAAAUUACUUUAGGACUACUCUAAUAAGAACUUUAAAUUGUUGUUCAUGUGUAAAAGUGGAGGAGCGUAGGAAGACAUGAUUCUGUAUAUUCAAUAGAAACUGAAUAGCUGCAAAAGCCGAAUUUUUAAAAAAAUUACUGUGUUUCAAAGUGUUCAGUUACAUGGGAAGCGGCAGCAAACAGGUGCUAAUGUGCUCGGAUGUAGUGAAGCAGUGUCUCCUUCUUUUAAAGGAACAAAAUACAGCUGUGUACCAUUGUUGCUUUGGAGUUUUUUUUCUUUUUGGAAAUCUUAUACCCUUAAGAUACUAAGAACAUUAUUCUAGUAGUACUUUGGACUUUUCAUUCACAGACAUUGUUUUACAAAUGAUAUUUUGUUUACAAAAAUCUCUCAAAUAGGUCAUAACAGUGUCUAAAAUCUCAGUUUCUUGCUUAGGUAGGUAACUUGGAACCUCAUGCACUGGCUUUGUAGGUUGCUAAGAAGCUGAUAUUUUGGAUGUGUUUAUAGACCUUUGUUAUAAAAACGAAUGUCUUUGAAGGGGGGGGGCGAAAGGGUAGUUCAAUGACAAAGAAAUGGGAAUGUAGUGAUGUUUAAAAAAUGUCAUCUCAAGUCAAGUCACUGGUCUGUCUGCAUUUGAUACAUUUUUAUACUAACUAGCAUUGUAAAAUUAUUUCAUGAUUAGAAAAUACCUGUGGAUAUUUGUAUAAAAGUGUGAAAUAAAUUUUUUAUGAAAAUGUUCA